UGUCUCCUGCCAUUCUCCGUCUGCCUCCAUCUCCACCCUUUUCUUUUCUUCUUAUUCCUCAUCGUCGACAGCGCGUGAAAAGCGAGUCCGCAUCUCAUGGGCCGCCUAACAUCGCGAUCGCGUGCCCUCAUCGUCGUCCUCUGCCUUGCCCUAUGUGUGUGUGGGCGUGCUGGCGCGAACCAAGUCCGCAGGGACAACAACGUGUUGGUCGACCGUCAACUCGUCCCUACGCUAUCCGAAAAUACACCACCAGCAAAUACGAAUACCAAUACGAAUAGCAAUGCAAACACCAAUACUAAUACGGACACCAAGCAGACAGCGACCAAUACAGCGACCAACACCAAUACAAACACUAACACGGCCACAGCAACGCCGACGACUCCGACAAACACACAGACGACACCGACGAACACGAACACGAGCACACAGCCGACUACUCCCCCCACGACAACUCAGCAGCCUACCGACAGUGUUGUUGCUACCACUAAUCAGGAUGGCUCUGUGGUGAUGACGACUGUUAUAGUUACACCAAGUGCAGCGGAUACAGCUUCGUCGUCUGCCUCUUCCCCCGCUCAAACGAGUGACAAGAGCAACGAUAGUGGUAGUGGGUUCGGCACGGGAUCGAUUAUCGGUGUCAGCGUUGCUGGUGGUAUCGCAGUCAUUGGUGUCGUUGCGUUCUUCAUCUGGAAAUUCACCAGGAAACGGUACAGCGACUUUGAAGAUGAACCGAUCAAAUGGCCCGAACUAAACGCGCAUAACGAUAAUCUCAACUACGCAUUGCCCACCAUUUCAACUCGCACAGGAACGAGUGCCGGUGCUGGCGCCGGCCUUGAUUCCGCCUCGGAAGUCAACCUGGCACGGAACGCGUCGAAUGCCGGCUAUUCAGCGUAUUCACAGCCAUCACAAUAUUCACACCCUACUGCGGCUGACUCCACUGCGGAUUUGUACGCGCCGGGCGGUGACCCAUACGCGGUCCCACCACUCCCACAUUUGAAUCCGAAUCAACCGUAUCGCGACGAUCCGUCGUUUGGUGGAGGAGGUGCUGCUGCUGCCGCUGGAGGUGCGGGGUAUUAUGAUCCUUACCGAGGGCCUGUACCGCAGGCGUUUAACGAUGCUGCGUCGGUGUCUACUGUAGGAGGUAUGCAUGGUGGUGAGGCGAUUCCGAUGAGUAACUUGGCUGCUGCUGGUGGACCUACGGGUCGACGAUCACCUGGUCCGCAGAUGGGACUUGAUAUGGGACGGAUGUCGCCUCAGCCGGCUAUGUCUGGUAGACAAUCGCCUGGACCGAGCCUUGCGUAUGGUGGGAGGACGACACCUGGACUUGGAGGUGCAAUGAGUGGAAGGCAUAGCCCAGGACCUGGUCAGGCGUACGGAGGUGGCUACUGAGCCUGAGUGUUGAGCUGAGCGUCUCUCGUUUCGUCUGGUUGCGAGUGAGAACGCGGACUCGUGUGCGUGUUUUGUGCAAGGAUUUAGUGCAUGUAGAAAGAGCGGUGUGCAAUGCAACAUAAUAUUUUUUCUUUUUUACCUUCCUAAAUUUAAUAUUUGCUUGCACUCCUUGGUUACUGGUUGGACGUGUUCACUGUUGGGGGGUUAUGACUGGUCAUUUGUUUAGUUCCCAGUUCCCAGUUCCAUCUAUCCAUGAAUCGUCAUCAUCCGCUUUCACCAUUGCUAUCCGCUAUGCGUGUUCACGGACUAUACAUAUUACCUUGCGUCGUCGUCCGUCUGUUCGUUCACGCAAACAAUCUUGAUUUGUGUUAUUUUUGACUUGUCUAUUUCGUUUUGUUUCUAUGUUUGUUUUCGUAUGUAUGUAUGUGUUUUCUUCAUUACUUCUCGCCAGACCAGAGACUUUCCUCUCUCCCUCCACACACACACACUCUACGCAUGAUCAUUUCUUGUCUGUGUAUACCCGCACGUCCCUCGUCCUGUUUACACAAACCCGUGAACCCUCAUCCUCCACCUCUCCAUCCUCAGCCAGCCUCAAUUUGAGUCCCCCAUGUUCGUUGUUGAAAUUCUGUAUUGUGGCUUUUAUAUGUUCCCG